AUGCCGGUAUCCAGCAACUGGUGGAGGACCUCCUCCGGAACGUCCUUCUCCAGCAGAAAGCUGAUUAUUGCUGCCACUGGAACCAGGCCUGGAACGAAAGGCAUUGCCAAUGGGAUAGAUUGUGAUAUAUUGCCAGUCCAACCUGUAACUGUGACUGAAAGGGUAUCUGAAGACUACAGAUCAUCUGAUUGUCAAGCGAUAUUAUCCUGUACUUCAAGCACAAUCCAAAGCAAUAGUACUGCCACUUAUGAGCUCACAAGUACCAUAUUACCCUGUCCAUCAACAUCAGAUGCAUGCACAGACUUAAAUGAGCCAACAAGAAAGAAACAAAAGUCUUCUCUAGCAUCACUUACAGAGGAAAAUUUGAUGCUCGACAACCAAAGACUAACAUUAGAAAUUAAACGCAUUGAGGAGGAUACAAAGAAGAUACAAAUGGAGCAACAGAAAUUGGCUCAAGUGAAAUCUCUCCUUGACCUCAAAGCAGCUUACUGGACUUUCAAACUACAAAAUUAAUUUGAAAUUUAAAUGUUUUAUGCCAUGCAUGGCACUGUCCCUCGUCUGUCCUUGAUCGUUAAAUAAGGGGAAAAACAGUUAAGAAUGAUAGGAUUCACUCCACAUUUGUUGGAAAAGGCAGGUCAAAAUGUAGGAAAAUGUUUUAAUAUAAUUUAAGUGAGAGAAUUUGGCCAUGAUUACUAUAAUAUCCAGAUGAGCGAUUGCU